GCGGUGGAGGUGGGCGAAGGCGCGGUGCGUGGAAAAAGACCCAUCCCAUGGCGUGCAAUCGACGCUAGCGCUAGAAGAGGUAGCUUCCACUGUAGCGAGCUGGGAGGAGGGGGAGGAGAGAAUGCGAGGAGGAUGCCCGUGGGAUGAGAGGAGGGAUUGCUUCGUCUUGGGUGGAAGUGGGAGUGGGAGGAUUCUCCUCCAUCAUGCCGCCCACGCUGAGAAGUAUGCCUCCGCCGCCACAGAGAGUCAUGAGCGGCGCUCGCGUGCUAAGAUCGCUCCGCAAGCUCGCCGCCUACUGCAGUUUGAUGGCCUUCUCCUGCCUGCUCGUUGUCAAGCUCGGCUCCCCCACCUCCUCGGCUCCUCCGCAUCGUCACGAUCUCUUCUUCCAUUUGUCUUGGUGGUGGGUGUUUCUUCCACUGUGGGUGUUUCAUGGGAUAGUUUCUAGGGGGAGGUUCUCCGUUCCGGCACCAUCUCCACCUCAUGAUAGGCAUUGGGCUCCUUGUCAUGCUGUUGUUGCCAUCCCGCUGCUUGUUGCAUUUGAGCUCCUCUUGUGCUCCUACCUUCAUAGCCGCGAAGGUAAAAACUCUCGCUUUGGAAGUACUACUAGUUUUUCUACGAGCCCCGGAAAGACGCAAGUGUUUCCUUCACCGCUUUGGUUUUUUCUUUUUUCCUGUGGUGCAGUGUAUGCGGAGCCGCUGUUGAGCCUCAAGCUUGUCUUCGUGCCAUUGCUGGGUCUUGAACUCCUGAUUUUAAUUGAUAACUUCAGGAUGUGCAGGGCUCUGAUGCCGGCAGACGAAGAAAGUUUAACUGAUGAUAUAAUCUGGGAAACACUUCCGCAUUUUUGGAUAUCUGUUUCGAUGGUCUUCUUUGUGGCUGCGACCGUUCUUACCUUGUUAAAAUUAACUGGGGAUUUUGAAUCGCUUGGCUGGUGGGACUUGUUCAUAAACUACGCUAUUGCCGAGUGUUUCUCCUUCCUGGUCUGCACCAAAUGGACCAACACUUCGAUUCGGGGAUCUCUGUCAUCAUCCUCAUCGUCUUCCAGUAAGCCGCUGGAAAGAGACGAAUCUCUUUGCAGUGCAUCUUCCACAUCAAUCGUACUUGAGGACGAAGGCAUCGAAGCCGGCUUUUGUGGGAAGGAGGACAUAGGGGGACAUUUGUUGAAAGCGCCAGUAUUGAUAUCGCAGAUCUUACUGUGUAUGAAGCUCGAGGGAACUCCAGCAGGAGCAGUAAACAUUCCAGUGGGUGUUGUUCUGAUGCCGCUGAUGGUCGUGCAAGGCUUGGCUAUUCUUCUUACAGUUUUGCGUGUCGUGGAAAGGCUCCUCGUGCUAAUGCACGUAGGUGACGAGUCGCAGAGCUCGCUGAACAUCUUCUCCCAGGUGCAGGAAUUCUUUGGUUUUGUUCACCAUGGCUCAAGGCUUCUUGGGUGGUGGUCCAUUGAUGAAAAGAGUAAAGAAGAACAAGUCCGGCUCUUAUCUGCGAGCUCGUCGGGGUACUACACAUUUACUGGCCCUCCGCCCGAUGUUGUCAAGAAAAUGGCUCGGAAAGACCUUGCUGAAGAGAUAUGGAGGCUUCAAGCUGCUCUGGGGGAGCAAACACGAAUAGCCAAGCAUCAGCAGCACGAGUUUGACCGCCUGCAGAGCGAGAAAGUGCUUUGCCGGGUGUGCUUUGAGCGUGACAUAGCCGUGGUGUUACUCCCGUGUAAACAUCGAGUCCUUUGCAGCUUGUGCUCCGAAAGAUGCAAACACUGCCCGAUAUGCAGAAGUUACAUCGGGGAUCGCCUGUCCGUGUAUGAUGUAUAGCGUAACAUGGUGGCUCGGCUGGUUCGUGGCCAGCAUAGAAGUCCCUGCUAGCAUCAGGAACCGUCCAACUUGAAUGUGAAAUGGUGCGCACCCAAGCAGGGAAAUCCACAUCGUCGAGCCCGGCUGAGCAGCACAGUAGAAGCAGCAGAUUUGUUUAUAUCCAUCCAUCCGUCAACAUAGAUAUACACCCCUUGCCUCUUAGUGAUAGUUUUUUAUGUUUGAAGCACGGGCAUCCAGCUGAUUUGCAGACAAAGCAAAGCAAAGAAGACGCCGACUGGAAAGUACAUUAUGC